CAACGACUUUUGUCAGCUGCACGAGACGCGCGGCGUCUUGCCUCAGAUAUGAAAACUGUCAGUUAACGUCAGUUGGAAGCUUCGUCAGUUGGUAGCACCGGUUCCGUUCGGUGCGACCGUUGACCCUUUGAGUAGUAGAGCAGAACCGGAGGCUGUGGGGGCUCACCAGCGGUACCAGAGCCCGGCUCCGGGUGAGACUACCCGGCGACUGGCGCUCUUUGUAUCUCUAAACUGCGGGGCUGUGCAGUAGUUUCUUCACUCCAGCUGUCGACUCCUAUGGCUCCAGGUACUGCCUGACUUUUGAUCUGUCAAGCAGGAACAGGACAGGUCCAGACAGAGAGAUGAGCUGGGCGGAGGAGGACUGGACCGUGGGGCUGUCGGGACGGGUUCUGCAGAAGGUGAAGGAGCUGCAGGUCAAUCAGGAGCGACUGUCCAGAGAGAGCAAACAGAAACAGCUUCAACUGGACAACAUCCAUACAAGCGUCGAAAAACAGACAUCGAAGUAUGAGGAGGUGCGUGGGGAGCUGGUCUGCACGCAGAGAGAGCUCCAGAGCGUCAGCAAGGAGGCCAAGGCGGCAGUGAGCAGCAGUGAGCGCCUCACACAGGAGCUUCACACCAAGCAGGCCCAAGUGUGCUCUCUGGAGGGCCAGGCAGACGCCGCUCGCACACUCAACAACAAACUCACCCAGGAAGUCAAAAGGUUGGAGGUAGAGCUGGAGAAGCUGCAGAACAGCAGCCGAUUGGCCGACACCACUCUGUUUUCUACACCCUGCUGGAACACAGCCUCGCCAUGGGAAAGCAAUGGGAGCAGAAAGGAGGAGAGGUCAGGGCACAAAGAUGAAGGACAGAGCCGGGCGCUUCACAGCCGACGGCUCCAGUUCCCCGAAGCUGGCACAGCCUCGUUACCACGGCAACAACAACAACACAAGAGCACACCCCACCGCCACCCGUCCGACCAAUCGGAGAUCUUUUCCACUCCCCUGGUUGCGUUUCCGUGGGAACGGGAUGACUCCAGGCCAGCAGCCAGGAGACCGUCCCCAAGCUCUCCCCAGACGCCCUGCACUGAGGUCGUCAGUCAGCCGGAGCAGAGGGCUCAUGGAAAAGAGACGGAGCGCAGGACGGAGCCAGACACAGCGUCUUUAUCAGAAGCGCAGAGUCGAGUGUCUGCUCUGGAGGCGGAGCUAUGUGGGAAGGCCGAGGCGUUGAAGUCUAUGCAGAACGAAAUGGUGCAAAGCAAGAAGGAGCUCGCUGUGAAGGACGUCAGCAUUCAGAAAGCUCGCAACGAGCUCAGCGUGGCACACACACGCAUGGCUCAGGAGAGCGAACGGACAUCAGGAGCGGAGCAGAGGCUGAAGCAUUCUACAAGAGGAGCUGAAGUGUCAGAGGCAAAACACAGAGAGCAGCCGACUGCAACACCAACAACGCUCCAAGGAGCUGGGAGAAACAGCAUCAGAGGGACCUGACGGAGCUGCAGAAGGAGAGGCAGAGUCUGGAGAAGCAGCAUCAGCAGGAGGUGAAUAAGCUCAACCAGGAGCUCCAGCAGGCCCGCACGCUGCACCACGCCCUGCAGGCCCAGGCCGACAAGUGGAAAGGUUGAGCAGUGAAGGUAAUGACCGCGGGACUAAGUUUGAGGGUGCAGAAUGCUUUGAUGAUGAGAGCGUGAAACAAACACUUAACUUGUGUGUGAGAAAUAGUAAAAAGUCCGUAGUAAGGGAGGUGUGAAGGAAGAUGAGAGAUCUGCAGGAAGGUGUGUUGAGGCAAGUUGCAUGACUGUCGAGAUGAAGGUCUGUGUUUGUGCUUGGAAACAUGGUGCUGUAAAGUGAAGGAAUGCUGUGGUAUUUAUUUGUUAUCAGCAGAACAAUAAUACACAUUUAAAUCCCUUGAGGGUGAGCACGCAUACAAAUUAAAAAUCCUAUCCUUUCAGACACGGUGACAAACGUCUGAACAAUGAGCAUUCAUUCAACCCUCAGUGUCCCCUAAAGCCUUACUGCAAGCGCUUUUACAAACCACACAGAUGUUAUCUUGAUAUAAUCUGGCAAGGCUACAGAGAGUAAACACAGAUUGUGCCGAUCAAAUCACCCACACACUCAACUGCCGAUAUCGCAUAUUUCAUGUGACCAAUUUACACAGCUCUUUCAGGAGUUUGUGCACAAGCAUGCCGUUUAACUUGAAAUGUGAAUCCAGUAAAUGGGCUAAUUUCAAUAAUUGUCAAACAACAUAUCAUUAUAGCCUUGUGUGCUGCAGGAACAUUCAUUUUACCCAGAAAAACGGACACAAAACCUUAAUUUCCAAGAAGAUUGCUGACUGCAACUAAAUGUUUGAUUUAUUGAUAACAUUUCCUAUUUUUGUUCUUUAAUGAUUGUUUGGUCUGAGCUGAAAACAUGUUCAUGUUGCAUGAAAGGUUAUUUUAACAAUGAACUGAUUAUCAGAAUAUUUACUUUGAAUGUGAUGUGAUUACUGAAAUUGGAUGCACUGCACUCUACAAAAACAUUGCCUUUAACAUCGAACACGUGUCCUAUGACAUGAGCACUUUCUAUGAGCACUGGUGGGAAGCCGAUCUGCUUCUUCACUUCCCCAGAGGUAGACAGCUUAUUCUCCUUAUUGAUCACUGAUCGCCCUCCUGCUUCCCGUCCCUUCACUGGUCCUGAUACCUGCCCCUGAUACCUGCCCCUGAUACCUGCCCCUGAUACCUACUCCUGAUACCUGCCCCUGAUACCUACUCCUG